AUGAAGCGAACCGGCCGCCCUGGCAUUCUACCGCCCAAUUUAAUGUACUCGACUGGAUCGAGGACACCCCCUACGUCUUCGGGCUCGACGCCCACGCGCACACCUACGGACACGCCGCCAAAAUCGUUCCGAGACGGCCUUGGUAUCAAGACACAGCCACCGCCGCUGCCGCAAUCAAGACUGUCUGCGCCCACCGACCCCAAGCCGGCUUUUGUUGAGAGUGACCUGGUAUCCAAUGCAUCGAGUCCACCACGUCGUGUAGCUCGACAGCAGAAUAAUGCCGCAGAAUUUCUGGAUGGCCCAACCAAUCGGACUGGGGUCAACGGGCUUAGGCGGCGCCGAGAGUCGGCCGUGGAGCCGGCAGAGCCUCCACAGAAACGUGCCAAGUCUGCCCACAGCUCCUCUUCCAGAUCCAACUCUCGGAGGCCAUCGUCAGACUCGGAGGAUCUCGUCGAGACUGCGCCUACGUUGACAAUCUCGCUCUCCUCGGGCCCGGACUCCCCAAAAUCUUCUGAGCUUUUGGUUGACAAUGUCAACUCCACGGAUUCUUCUGACAGUGACAUUGAAGAAGUCAGCGGCCAGGCAGAUGUUGCUGACGUCGAAGCAGACAAGGACAUCGUCAACCUGAGUUCCGGGCAAGACUCGGAUGCAGGAGGCAGCUCUUCUGAUGAGGACGACCUCUCCGACUCUAUCGACGUCGGCCCCGAGGACGCUGCUACCGUGUUGUCGUCUGAAUCCCCAGCAUCGUACUCGUUGACGCCCAGCGGCCGCGCUUAUAACAAAUAUCUGGACAAGGACGGAACCAUGCAUGGGACAAAAGGAGCUCUCAUCCCCGAUGGCUACGAGCUGUGGCGAAACCGAACGACACCGUGGAUCUGCCCCGUCCAACUGGUCAGCAUGGGUGGCCAUUUUUCGCGACCGUCAAAGAAGUCACCGACGGCGCCGGCAAAGCGUCCAACAACGGAGCUUCUGGUGUCAGCGUCUGGCCGGGAGUACGCCAAAACCAUAGAUGGUGACCUUGGUUUUGGCGUACUCUUUCCGGAUGGUUACUCCAAGAGCUCUGUUCCGGAUAUGCCGUGGCUGUGUCCGGUCCGUGACUGUCAACGUGUUUUUCAGAAGAUUGUCAACCUGGGGGGACAUUUUACGCGGAAACACCGGCAUACGCUCUUCAACGACAACAGAGACGGCACACUGUCCAAGGUUGGCGUCCAUACCCAUAUGAGAGCGUUUAUUGUGUCCACCAAUAAGCGACCUGCGGUCGAACUGGAGCCUCUGGCGCCGCAGGUACCCGCGGGCGCUCAGGCCAAGACCGAUGCCUUUGCUCUGUCGCACUCUUUGCCAUCCAAAUCCCCGAGACUAAGUGUCCUUUCCAAAAGCGCGGUCCGAACCGACGGUCCACCUCCGGGGCCCGACGAUUUUGCGAUUCCGCGUCCGGUCGACCCGCAGGCGACAUGGGAGUACCUGCAGCCCUUUCUGGCGCCGGCGCUCCGACACCCUGCACCGCCCAAAUCGGGCUACAGCAGCCUAUUUCUGGCGGCCCAGCGGGUGCGCGACAUUAAGUGGAACGAGCGGCGUGUUGUGCCCGUGGGCGGACACACGACGGCGAGCAUUGCGUCGGCGUUGAUCCAAAUGAGCGGUGACUGGGUGCCCAACCCGUGCGACUACUGCCGGUCGGGCCAGGGACUCUAUGACGGCUGCAUUAUUGCGAGCAGCAAGGGCACGGCGGACAUGAAUGUGGCCUUUUCCAAGUGUGCCAACUGUGUUGAGCGGCGCAACAAAAUGCCGUGCAGCUUGCGCCCGACUUUCCAGCCGCGGUUCGCCAAGCUGUUUCCGCACCUCGACUACGACGCGGCAUAUCGCUAUGCGCGGUCGGGCAAUUUCGGAUUCAGCGAGACCAUGGCGGUGUCGCAGCCGCAGCGCUUGAAGGCGGACACGGCGGGCAUUGUGCGCCGUGAGAGGGGGUUGGCGACCAAGGCAGGCGGCGGCGGCGGCGGCGGCGGAGCGGACAGCGGUCCUGACCCGGCGUCGAGUGAUGACGAACCUCUGGCGCGUGGGGUGCCCCACCGCGCUGGACAAACGGCGCCGCCUGCACGAGUGGCCGGUUUCCAGCAGCACGAGCCAAACCAGCUUCGACUCGACCGCCGCGACCGCCGCCGCUCGGGCCACGUUGCCGAUAAGGAGGUCGACGUGUUGCCAACAGGGCAAACAGCAACGUCGUCGUCGUCGUCAUUGUCUUCGUCGUCAACGGCUCUGUCCCGACCGCACACGAACACCGCCAGCAGUAGCAGACUCGCGACGACCAGCAGCGACUCGGCGUUGAUGGUUGCCGGCAACGUGCAGCCGGGUGGACCCGACGCACUGGAGAUGGAGGACUGGGAGGUGGCGCCCGGGCGGGUGCAGAGCAAGGCGCACGAGAACAUUGCCUUUUCCAAUGCGUACCUGACGUCAAACCAGAUGGUCCCGAUCGACCACAACAUGUCGUACCGCGUGGAGGUAGUGCGGCCGGGGCAGUUGGUAUCGUUCAACGCCGACGAGAGGGCGAUACGGAUGUGCAUGUUGGCAGCAGGCAAGCUGCGCGUGGUGGUGGGCGACGACCGCUUUGUCAUGGGUCCCAACGGUAUGUUUCGGGUCAAGCCGGGCACGUCGUUUGGCGUGGAGAACCGGCAGUACAUUGACGCGUAUCUGCAUAUUACGGCGUGGAACAACAUUGCAGAUGCAUAA